AUGUAUUUGAGAUCGCACGUACAGGCAGCAAAAGGGAGGCACGAGAAUGCAAGAGAGGCGAUAGAGUCUGGCUGCGGAACAAGAGGCCGGAGCAACGUUGGAUCGGCCGCGAGAGGCAAGGGCAAGACGAAGAAGGGAUCUCUGCUGGUUGACUGGUGCUGCUGGGAUUUCGAGGAGCAGCCUCAGCCGCUUCGUCUGAGAUUGGCCGACGAACAAGACUCGAAACAGGCGUGCAUACGACGCGGUAUGAGCGAAGGUGAACGAGCUGUGACCACGCCACGAAUCGGCUGGCGAAAGCUCACUGAUCCUGGCGACUGA